AUGUGUGCACGUGAAGCAAGCGUACACCAGAGUUUACACAUCUGCGAAUCACCUACCUACAAACAGCGUAAGCAUAGCCUUACUAGUAAUCUCAAAAAUCGAACAUUAGCGAUUGGGAUGCGCUUAUUUGGGGUCCGAGCUCCCGGAUGUCGUUUCAAAGUUCGAGUAAUCACUAUCUGUCUGUGUUGGUAUGUAAUUAGUUCGGCCAGUAGCAUCACCAACAAAGUUUUACUUCAGAGCUAUCCAUACCCGAUGACGCUAGCGUUAUCAAAUCUUAUGUGGGUGCCUAUAUAUUCUAUGCCUUUACUACGAAUAUGGGAACAGAAAGUAGUGCAAUUAACGUCGACCCAAUACAAUAAGUACCUCACACCCAUAUCGGCUGGAAAAGCCCUAGCUGUCGUUAGUGCCUACUUUAGUUUGUGGAAGGUGCCGGUUUCUUAUGCUCAUACCGUGAAAGCGUCGAUGCCGCUGUUCGCAGUUCUCCUAAGCAGAGUUCUAUUAAAGGAGAGACAAAGCUAUAAAGUUUAUCUAUCCUUAUUACCUAUUGUAGCUGGUGUAGUUAUAGCCUCCGCUACAGAAAUAUCUUUCUCGUUUGUUGGUAUGCUUGCAGCACUAUUUUCAACAUUCACGUAUUCGCUACUGAAUAUUUUAGUCAAGAAACUUUUGAAAGAAUCCGACAUACACCCUAUUCGACUGUUGGCAUUGAACAGUCAACUGGCAGCAAUUAUGGUGUUUCCAUUCUGGUUAUUCAAUGACGCAUUCACUAUGAUAGGAAACUUUGGUUCUUCCGAUAACACUUCUCCGUCUCCUGACCUAUGGAUGUUAUGUCUUCUGGCAAUGACUGGUGUAUUGUCGUUUAUGCAGAGUGUUUGCGCGUUUUCACUGAUUCAUGAAUUAACAGCCUUGUCCUAUGCUGUUUGCAAUGCGACAAAACGAAUAACUGUCAUUGGAUCUUCCUUGUUUACACUACACAACCCAGUUACAGGAGCUAACGUUUUUGGCAUGGUACUAUCAAUAGGAGGGGUGUUCUGUUAUAAUCGAGCAAAACAAGCGGAAAAAGAAUCAGUACAUUCGCUGCCGCUCACACGAUCUCACGUAGUGUUGUCGGAAUCGACAUUAGUAGCUUUGGAUAAUGUACAAAACAACGAUUUGAUGUAUUGGGCGUCGUCAAACCGCCCUUCUCAAAACGGGAGUCGCCUGGGCGACUUCGGAUACUCCAACAACUACCAAUACGAUAAAAUGGACGACAUUAGCAAAGAGCACAAUCGGCGACAUGUUCGAUUUGCUUGA